CUUCAUAUACCGUAUCAAAGAUCCACGAAUUGGACAAUCCCAACAAAAAGAACCAGUUUGAACAAAAGGUUCGGGGACAGCACCAGCCAUAUGUACCCAAGUGUUGUCUCCGACCCAGCACACUAGGCCGAUUCGCCAGGACGGCAGCAUUUGUCCUAAGCCUUUCCACGUCUGUUCCUGGUGUUCUUGAGGGCGGCAAUCGUUUCUCUUGAGAGCCCAAGACCUGGUAGGGCUUAGUCUUUGGCACGGUUUUAGUCCAUUAGUUGGCUGUUACCAGCUAUCACUCUCCUAUUGCUACCCGUUGGCGAAGCGUUUCGUCGCUUUGCACCUUCCUCAUUCACGUCUUCAUUCCUCACUCCAUUCUUCAUCAACCCUCCCUUCUCGCGACUCUCAUUCGUUUUGCUUUCGCAAUGGUCUUUUUUAUUCGCGCCAUUAAAAAAUCACACUUUUCUCUGAAGGCCUCCGCCCAAAAACAAGAGCAGCUGUCACGUCCAUCGCAGCCCAAAAGAGCUCAAGUCCACAAGCACACCCCUCUCCUAGAGAUCCCCGAAAUUCUAGAGAGCAUCAUCUCCUUUCUUGACUCGAGCACUCGUAAGAAUACACGCCUCGUCUGCAAGCAAUGGUACGCCGUCAGUCGUCCGUUCUUCUGUAUCCACACCGUCUGGCAAGAGAAUCCUGUGCCUCAAGAACAACAUUACGUCUUACAAUGUCUCGCCAACAUUGACGCUCUGGCCUAUACCGUGGAGUGGAGGGAUUACGAUGAUACGCCCAACGUUCGCAUCGCCUGGAAUCGCUUGCGAGACCAGGUGCAGUGUGGAAAGGCCAUCCAGUUGCGAACGCUGGAGCUCAAUGGGCCCGUUAACGCGUACGAAAGGAUCCAGCCUCUGCUUCCGUUCAUGGUCUCCUUGUCAACGUUGAAGCUACAAUUUGUCAACCCUGAGGACUACACCAUCGCCAUGUUUCUGAAAGGUUGUCCUCAGCUACGGAAGCUGUCUAUUCAUUCGAGACCUCCUUUGCGCGCUGUACGAACUCCGGUGGUGCAAGCUGGAGAUCUCGGAGAGUCAUAUGGAUUACGAUCUUUGGAAUUGAUCCUGACCUGCAUCGCACAAGACGCUUUGGUGUUAGUUGUGGCUAGUUGUCCCAACCUUCGCAGCCUCGUAUUGACCAAGAUUACGGAGCCACAACUACCGCCAAAUGACAGCGGCACAUCCACACGCCCUUUGCAAAGAGUUCGGGUCGAUAAUAGGACGCUGCUUGCGCACAUCGCCGGCUUGUGCCCGAGACUGCAUCACCUGCAUUAUUCUGCGACUCAGGGCCACCGCGACAUGAUUGCGUCGUUAACAAAUUUUCGCAACCUCGACUCACUUGGAGUGUCAGCUCAGACAGUCUGUUUACAGACGGUUUCCAUCAUUCGGAACUACUCCAAUUCGCUCACGUCCCUCACGAUCGAGGGGGUAGCCGCAAACCCAGUAGAGCUGUCCCAGUCCCUUCACCGGUACUUGUGCGCAUCCCCUCAACUGAAACAUCUGGACGCGCCUGACAUAGGAUUCAACGACCGUCUGCUAAAUCUUGGGAACAACUAUAGUAACCUUGACUCCGAGCAAAUUUGGGCCUGUCGAAACUUAUUAUCGCUAAGGAUUUCAUUCGACUUUGCCCUAGGCGAACCCAACGGCAGCAUAAGCGGGUGCUCGCGAGUUCUCUAUGGCUAUAUCUCUCAGGUUUGCCCGCAGCUCGAGAACUUGAGUAUCUUCCGACACUACAUCGACUGUUCAAUCGACGGCGGACUUUGUCUGCUGGGGGAGCUGGAGGGAUUAAAGAUGUUAGAGAUCAAAACGACGUCGCUGGAGGCCUUGCAUUUAUGGGAUUUCAGUUGGAUGAACAAUGAGCCGACAAUAAUCCAGAGGAUCAUGAACAGGAUGUCCUCAAAUGAUUCGAGGCUGCAGAGAAGUCUUCGGUCACGGUAUGAAUGGCUUGGGUAUGAUGAUUGUAGAGCCAUGGAUAAGAGCAAACUGCAGAAGUUGGGGCUCCUGGUUAGAGCGGAUUUCUCAGCGAAACCACGGCAUCAUCGACGCAGCAGCUCCGGUAGCUCUAGUAGCAGCAGUCAUGGUGGAAGGGAUGGAAGCAAAGUAUCAGCAAUGAAUAGUCGUAUCCGUUGGCCAUUACUGGAGCGCUUUGUAAUUUCUCAGCGUACGGACAGGCGCGGUCAAGCCCAAACGGUCCAAGACUAUCUCAGGAAGAUGCGACCAGGGGUUGAAUGCAUUGUCGAGUAGUUAUGAGUGUCUCUUGCCAAUAAAUGUCGUUCAGAGC